GGCGUUGCGGAGGGCGUCGUACUUGCGAGGAUGCGGGUGUUGCGAGUUGGGGAAGAGAAGGGUGAUGCGUUGAGUUGCCUGUAAGAUUUCAACGUGGGGGUUUGGAGGAUGUUAUUGGGUGGUUUUGAUUGGGCUGUACAUAAGAGUUGGAGAUUUGAAUUUCUUAAUCGUAAGUAGGGUAUGGGAGCUACUGCUUGUACAUUUGUGGUGUGUAUCUGAGAUAUGCAUGAGAGAAGCUGGGCGUCAGUCAUGUUGAGGAAGUGAUGAGAUGGCUCAUGAGGCGAGAGUUGCUCAGUUUCAUUACGUCGGUCUAAGUGAUCAAAAACCGAGGAGUGAGAUACGAGGCUGGUAAGACAUGACAGAAUAAUUCUGUCCUGAUCAGGCGGUUCAUCAAAAAUGAGAUAGAGUUGUCGAAAACAUUCCUGAGCACACAUAACUUCCCGGGUCAGGCUUGUGCCGAGCAGAAUAAGUUGCCGCACGGAGUAUGGGAACUGUCUGAUAGGAACACUGGGUUGUUCUGGCUUUUUGGGAUCUUUUUGCCUUUCGACAAUUGGAAAAACAUGGGCCUCUGUCCUGGUUGUACCUUCCCUCUUGGGAACCCACAGAUGCCCGCCAGUCACAUACUUGAAUUUCUACCCACUCAACACACCUACUCAACACAAAGGAGACUUGCAGCACCAAAAUUCUCCAUGAUGAUAAGUCUUCAACCUCACCCGCCCUUUUCUUAUCAACGCCCAGUCCGCUGCCGUUUCUGGGCAAUUCCUCCCCAAAUGGAUGUAGCCCUGCUCAGCACGGCUCCCUACGGCCCAUGACGUUGGGAAACUGUGAGACUGCUCGUUGGCACCCGAUGGAACGGGGAUAAGAUUGGCAGAAUGCUCCAGACAGGCAAGGCGGAAGCCGUGCAAAGUUGGCAAAGGGAGGCAUCUGUCUACAAGAUGAGACACCCAGACCUAGACCAGCUGUCUACAAGAGGAGCAGUGAGCACACCAGCGCAAGGGUAUCACGACUCAAUCUUGGCUAUCUCGAUCAUCACGACCUGCAUCGGCAGUGCGACGGCAGCAAGUCAUGUCAGCGAUAGUCUCGCCCCAAACUCAACCCCCUCCCAGCCUCGUGUUGGAAGCCGAUGA